UAUGUUUCCAUUUCAAAGUUGUUCUAUUGUAAUUAAGUUUAUAAUAAAGUUACAACAUUUUGUCGAAAACAGAAAAAUGCACCAUGUUGUUCAGAAAUGAAGAAUUUAUGAAACAUAUUCACUCGAUCCUGACCUGUUUUUUUGUUGUUUCCUCCAGGUUUCAGAAAACGGCCUGACGGAUGGAGAUCGAAUAUAUAGGCCUAAUGAUAUGAAUGAAUGGAAUGAUAGUUGAUACAAUCGUCAGUCGGAUUGAAAUAAUAAUAAAGGCGUUAAUGUAUGACGAACCAGUCAUGUAAAUUAAACAGCUGUGCAGUUCAUGUUAUAAUCAGAAAUUACUAGUUUCAUCGAUUUCCACAUAUCAGUAAAUUUAUUAAAAAAAGUUUGGUAACUAAUUGAAGAUGAGUCAUAAGAUAGCCAGCACUCUAUUUGAAAGAAACAACUUUGCUUACACACAAAUACCAUUGAGAAAUGGUACCACAGCUGAUCAAAAUGGGAUAUCGGAUCGUGUUGUAUAUCAUCCAGCCGUACACAGCGAUUCCAACUCAGAAGAGGAAAUUCUGUUUGAUAUGCAAUAUACAGAUGAAGUAGACAAGAAAGAAGAUGGAAAAACAUACACUGUUGAGGAAGCUGUUGAAGCCAUUGGAUUUGGACGCUUUCAAUUACGGCUUUAUAUUGUUUGUGGCAUAGUUACAGCUGCUGAUGCUCUUGAGAUGUUACUACUAGCAGUUCUCUCCCCUAUUGUGCGUUGUGAAUGGGCUUUAGCAGAUUACCAAGUUGCUUUGAUAACCACGGUUGUGUUUACAGGUAUGGGAUUAAUGGCACCAUUUUGGGGAUUUUUAGGAGAUCGCUAUGGAAGAAAAACGACUAUGAGGAUGUUUGUAGCGUGGGUUGGAUAUUUUGGUUUAUUGACCUCUGUAACCCCUAAUUAUACAUGGAUUUUAAUAUUAAGGGGUUUAGUGGGCGGUGGCAUGGCUGGAUCUCCACAAGGCUUUGCAUUACUAGCUGAAUUUUUACCAUCGAAUCAUAGAGCAAAAGUAUUAAUUACCGGUUCAAUAUUUUGGGCUGGUGGAUGUAUCUUCGAAAUUUUUUUAGCUUCUCUUAUUAUACCAACUAUAGGAUGGAGAUGGUUAUUGGUUUUUUCAGCCGUUCCUAUUUUAACAGCAGGUUUAUUAUUACUAUGUAUACCAGAAUCAGCUCGAUAUUUAAUGGCUGCUGGAAGAGUUGAAGAAGCAACAGUUGUUUUACAAAAAAUUGCCAAAGAAAACAAUAGUAGCUUACCAGAAGGAAAAUUAGUUAAAUCAAAAGAGAUACAAUUGGGCCGAUUUAAGGAUUUAUUCUCUUCACAUUACCUGAGAACAACGCUUCAGCUGUGGUUAUUAUGGUUUUGUGCAGCUUUUACUUAUUAUGGAAUGAUCUUGGCAAGUGCUGAAUUACUUAGAAAUGAAACAAAAGGUUCAUCUAAAUGUAAAUGUGCUUAUUUAAACCACGAUGAUUAUAUGACAAUGAUUAUUUCAACAGUGGGAGAAUUUUUAUGUUUACCUAUCAAUAUGCUGCUGAUUGAUCGAGUUGGUAGAAAAAUUACUGGUGCAGUUAAUCUCAUUUCCACUGGAGUAUUUUUUGCUUUGUUACAAAUUCAUACCAAAAGAUGGAUGUUGACAGCAAUCCUGUUUGGUGUUCGUGGUUUUGCAGCCGCUACAUUUAGUUGGACAUAUAUAUAUACUUCAGAGGUUUAUCCAACAUCGAUAAGAACUCUGGGCAUUGGCACUGCCUCAGCCUGGGCACGUAUAGGAGCCAUGAUAACACCCUUUGUUGCACAGGUAUUAUUAGAUUAUUCCGUAGCAGAUGCUACCUGGUUAUAUGGUUGUAUUUGUGUUAUAUGUGGUGUGUCAGCCAUGUUGUUGCCAAUAGAAACCAGAGGAAGAGCUUUACCUCAAUCUGUUUCAACCUCAUCAUUUGAAGCAAGUGAUCAUGACAAGGAGUCAGAAGAAGAAGAAAAUAAAGAAAAGUGAAGUUUGAUUUUUCUCCAAAAAAUAUCAUGCAUUAAUAAAUUAUUGGUAAAACCUAUAUUUUUUUAGAAUAUAACUACAGCAAUUGUGUUUGCUUGUGAUUGCUAUGACAAUGGGAACCAUUUUGUAAACCUAAAACAUGCUCAAAUUGAAUUGAAAUUUUUGUCAUUCUUAAUUGGUUUUAGGUGUCAAUUUUGUUAUGUAUAUAUAUUUCUUUCAUUUUAUCUGUGAUGAAGUGCAAUGUAAUUUUGUUUAUAACUGGUAAAUGCCAUCAUACAUCUACUCAGUAUGCAUACAGCAUUUUCGCUCAUAUUGAUAUUAUUAUAUAACUGAGCCCUGCAUAAUCUAAGAUAUAUAACUGGUUUUAUAUAUCAGGGUAAACGUGUUUAGAUUAUAUUGAUAUUAAAUUGUCUUAUUAACUAUUUUAGACAAUUACAUUUUAGUAAGAAAUAAAGAGUCUAUACAGUAAUUGGAAAGUCUACUUUUUUAGGUACAUUUUUUAAAGCGAGAAUUUCAUAUUUUGUAAGAAAGUCAAAACAUAAUUAUUUCUAUGUCUUUUGCUCAAUAGGUUGUUAACUCACUAUUAUAUGAUCAUAGGUAUCAUUCUCACACCUAAAAAUCAUUCACCCUGGAAAUUAUAACACAAGUACCUCCCUUGUUAUUCUAUUCCCCCCAUGGAAUAGCUAUCUUCAAACCUUUGAAUUUGAAGUUGAAAAUGAUAUUUUUGCCAAUUUCUAAACUGGCAAUAGUGAAUUAUAGGAUUAAUAGGAUUAUUCUUUAACAAGGUAGGACUGUUUAUAGAUACGAUCUAUUUUAAGGCUUUUUUUAAAAUACAUUUUAAAAAUAUAACUUAAAAAUAUGAAAUUAUCGCUUUAAAAUAUAAAAAAUGUAUUAAAAUUGUGAUAUCCACAAAUUCAUAUUGUUUUGAUGAAGUGGGGCCAAUUUGAAACUUGAUUUAACUUUAAAUAUAAUUAGAAUCUAUGGCUAAAUUUUAGGGAGAAAAGUUUUUAUUUCAUAGAGUUUGUUUGUGGAUAUAUUUUAAAAUCACUAGACCUCCUUGACUUUGGGUUCAAAAUAGAAAUUGUUGCUUUCAGUUGAUUUUAGAUAUUGAUUUGUUUUGUGGGAUGGCAAUCAUCAUUGAAAAUUUCAGGACUACAGAAAAUUCCUGCAUUGAUAUAUAAUUGUUAGUAUAGUAAACAAAACAUGAAACUAAAAUUAGUAAGCAAGCUAACUUCUGCUUAAGUUUUUGAAACAAAUUAAUUUUAUCUUGUCUCAUCACUAAUCGAAAUCAGAUCAACCCAAUUCCAUACUUUAUUAUGGCAUAAAUCAUAGAGGUUUAGAUACUUUAAUUCCUAGAUCUGGUUGUUUUUUUUUGUUGAAAUAACUAUAUAUUUUUUUUAGUCGUUAUGGUCAAUGAUGAAUCAGACCUAAAUAUUGAUAUUUCUUCUUAUUGUUAAUGAUAAGGUCACAUCAUAAUUACUGUACAUGGAUCAUACUUAUCUUUGAAUCAAGUAUCUGUGAUUUUAUAUAAUAUGUAAAAUGCUUGUUACUAUAAAUAAUUAUUUUUAUAUUGUUUAAUUCUAUUUUAUUGGGCACAGAAUAGGGCUGUGAAUUCAAACCACUAUACUUUCUGCUUAUUAUAAUCAGUCCUGCUAAGACAGAGAUACUUACUGAUUUGAAAGUCAUUGAUCAAAUACAAGGUCAUCAACUUAUUUGAAAAAUGGCUGUCAAAUGAAUGCAAUAUAUUUAUAGAUAUUUAAAAAUAAUUUGAUAAUGGGUGUUUUAAGCCGAAACAUUAUGAAGAUUAAUAAACAGCGAUUUUUAAAAAAUUUAUUACUCUCUGCUCUCUCCCCCGGAUGCAUCAUCGUUUGAUCCAGCCACUGUUACUCUUUUAAGGGAGUGUUGCUGCCCCCCCCCCUUUCCUAUAUCAUAUUUGUGAAAGCCAUUAAGAGACACCUAUAAAUUGUAAGUUCAUUAUAUCUUAUCACCCAAUAGUGUAUUGUACAGAAUAUAUCUCCUGUUUUUUAUUUAGCAGUAGUUAUUAUGAUAUAUCCUAGUAGAUCAUGUUUCAGCCUGAAAUUGGGACAUUAUGUUGUUUUGUCACACUUGUCUGUCCAUCCAUUUGCCAACCACAUUUGCUUGUUGACGCCCUACAGGCUGAAGUUAUCAUUAUACACAGUGUUUGUGCUAGAAUGCUUUUGAUUUUUACAACUGAAAUUAUGUUUGAUUACCUGCAGAGAAUAAAAAAGUGGAAAUCUUUAUGGAAUGCUUGGACACUUAGCUGCUUUGUGUAUGUUUUGUGGCCUGUUGAUCAAUAUUUUUGAGAAAACACAUUCAUUCUCAAAGAAUAAUGAAUUUGCUAAUUGUUAUAUACACAAUAAUGUGAUGAACAAUAAUUUUUAUAUGUUGUCUUUCUUUUUAUAAAAAUAUAAUAAUAAAACUAAAAUUGAUAAUUAGUUAUUAUUAUCUGCUUACAUGUGCCUUCCAUUUGCGAUAACCACCAAUUUAACAAAAAUGCUGACAAAGGCUAGCUAGUUCAUGUAAGUGCCCUUUUAGUAAAUCAUAAGUGACAGUUACCUUACAUAAUUUUAUGACAAGAUAUUGUGUACAUAAAUAAAUAUAACUGGAUAAAUCAUACAAAUAAGUAGUUCUCCAUCCAGCCUGUUAAUUUUUGGUGAAUUUGUAAAAGGUGACAGGUAUUUGUGCAACCUGGAUCGAAUUUGUCAGAGGCAGGCUUGAACCAUUUUUUUAGUGUUUUAUUACUAAAAAGUACAGCACUGAUGCAGUCAUGGGUAGUUUAGUCCUAAUUCAUGAAUAGGCCUACUUAAAUCUAAGUUGUUUAAGAAUUAAUUAUGAAAUUAUAUUCAUAUUUUUAAAACAUGUAUAAUAUUUUAUAAAUUUUAACUAUAUAUGUAUUUAAAAUCUGUAUCUAAAUAGAGAAAAUUUGUAAUACAGAAUCUUUAUAUUUAUAGAUUUUAUCUUGAAAAAUUAUAUUUAUAAAUUUUGUUGUGAAAAUGUAUAUUUAUCAAUUUUGUCUUGAAGAUUAUAUUUAUCAAUUUUGUCUUGAAAAAUUAUAUUGAAAAUUAUAUUUAUCGUCUUGAAAUUUACACAUUUUGAAUGAUUGGGUCAGUAACUUAUAUUAGAAAGCCAAUACAGACCCAGUAAUAUUUACAUUUGGGGUUGACUUAUAAAUCUCAAAAACAAAUGUCCUGCUUGUUUUAUUGGACUUUUGUAGAAACCUAACCUAAUACAACAUACCAAGAAAAAUAAAGGUGCUAACAUUUUACAUGCCUUGCCAAUAAAAUAUUAUAGUUAUUUUAUAUAUCAUAAGGUCUGUCAUUGAGUCAACUGGCAUGGUUUCGAUUUCCAGGUUGUACAUGACAAGGAGUAGGGUCGUCUAUCCAACCAUGUGGGUGUUCUCCGGUUUCCUCCCACUGCUAAAGACCCCUACGCGAAAAUGAAUUGUUAAAAUAAAAUUGAACCAUAUGUUAGUCCAGAAAUGACCUAGUUUGUGUCAAGUGGACAUUAAACCCCAUCUCUCUGAUGUGACGAGUGAUAACGGACAUACGGGCGAAUUUCUGCUAACUAAUAAUUCCCUGAAGACCAAAAGUUGUUGUGUGAGACUGUGAGAGGAUAUCUGACAAUUCUUAAAAAGAAUUGACUGCCACUAGAUAAAUGAACACCAAAGAAAAACAUAAAAAGUCUGUGCAUUAGAAAUUAGCCCGUAUAUCCGUUAUCACUCGUCACAUUAGUCAGUUAUAUAGAGAGAUGACUCGUGUUUUCCUUUGGCGUUGGUCACUUCCGAUUCGGGAAACCUGUAUUACUCAGCUAUCGUAGCAAUGAUCUCUGAGUUAAAACUAUAUUUGGAAUGUGUUUAACCAGCUCUAUAACAUAUGUGAUAAUGACUGGCACCAAUAUUGUCCUUUAAGUAAUAUGUUUAUAGGUAUGAUCUUAUAAUAAAUGAUUAUGAUUUGGAUUCCAAGGAAUGGAUUUGCCAAAUAUAUGUCUAGUAAAAUAACAUUAGUUUUAUAGAUUGUUUACUAAUAUACUUUUAUUAUUAUUAUUAUUAUUAUUAUUCUAGAAGCCUUUCUCUAACCACACCAGGACCGUCUUAAUACAUGGGCCCCAUGCUAAUCUACAUGUAUGUAUGUUGUAACAGCAUACAAUACAGUAUGUUUUCGAUGUUUAAACACUCAUUUUGUUGCAAGUACCAAUACAAUAAAUAUACGAUUCAUUUAAUCAAACAUUAACAUUUUAUUCCCGCGAGUGGGUUGUUUAGGUAGGGGCCCAUAUAAUGCUGUUUAGACGGCCCUCAUGCACACACUACUAUUUAUUCGAGAUAGAAUCUCUCAUGGUCUGGGAAUAUUGAAUACUCUUUGUUAUCUUUUGUUUAUUUAUGAAAGCAUGUAUAAUAUUUCUUGAAGAUUUUAAACGCUCAGUAAGCCUUUAUCAUAACUGGGAGUAUAACAUUCCAGAAAUAAAACAUUAUUUUAUUGUUUAUAAUGACUUAUAAUAAAGCCCAAAAAAUCUA